CGUGGCCGUGGGACCAUUAUCCCGUUCCAGCUGGACAAAGAGACUGGACAGUCCGGGACAGCCCUGGCCGGCCGGAGCCAGCAGCGCUGGCACACCGUGGACCGCAGCGUCCGCAGCGCGGCCAUGGGCGAGUGGGGCUUCCUGAGCUCGCUGCUGGACGCCGUGCAGGAGCACUCGCCCAUGGUGGGCCGCUUCUGGCUGGUGGUGAUGCUCCUCUUCCGCAUCCUGGUCCUGGCCACCGUGGGCAGCGACGUCUUCGAGGACGAGCAGGAGGAGUUCGUGUGUAACACUCAGCAGCCGGGCUGCAAACCCGUGUGCUACGACGCCGCCUUCCCCAUCUCCCACUAUCGCUUCCUCGUCUUCCACGUCGUUGUGCUCUCGGCGCCCGCCGCCCUCUUCGUCAUCUUCGCCGUGCACCAGGCGGCCAAGCCGGGGCGCGGGGGGGCUCCCGGCCAGCGCGCCCGCCGCCUCCAGCCCUUCUACGUGGGCAGCGUGGUGGCUCGGAUCGCCGCCGAGCUGGGCUUCCUGCUGGGCCAGGCGCUGCUCUACGGCUUCAGGGUGCAGCCGCUCUUCGUGUGCCGCCGCCGGCCCUGCCCGCACCGCGUCGACUGCUUCGUCUCCCGCCCCACCGAGAAAACCGUCUUCAUCCACUUCUACUUCGUGGUGGGGCUGGUGUCGGCGCUGCUCAGCCUGGCCGAGCUCGCCCAUCUCCUGCGCAAGGGGCCCCCGGCCCGGCCCGGCUGCUGCCACCGGCGCCAGGAGCGGGGCCCGGCGCCGGGACAGCCGGCGGGGGCUGCGGACGGGCCCUGCGGUCCCCACCCGCGGGGAGACCUCACCGUGUGACCGGGCCCCGGCUGCGACGAGCUGAGCCCGGUCUCAGGCCGGCGGUGACUGCGGAUCUCCCUGCCCCGGAGGGGUCUCGGUCCUGGCCGUGCCCGGGAAUCCGGGCCGGGCCGGGCUGGGCCGUGCCCCGCUGCCCCCGGUUCCUGCUUGGGCGGCGGAUGGGCCUCACCCGGCAGCUGCUGGAAAAAAAAUACGGACAAAAAGAAAACAAACAGGUCCCAUCCCUGCCCAGCGGCAGGAACACCCCUGACCCCCCCAGCGCAGCACGGGAGGGCCAGGACUGCCCCCAGACCUUGUGCUGGGAGUGCCACAAACGCAUCAGGGCUGGCCCCUGGCUUGAAGGGACACGACUGUGGCCUCAGGAGUGGGAAGCUCAGAGCUUUAGGGUGCUGGGGGACCCCAAAGGGUUCUCACCCAGCCUUUGGGGAUGACCAGACAAGGAGAGCAAUAGGGGCGGGGGGGGAUCCUGGGCUACCCUCCUGCAGCUCUACACCCCCCCUCAACCAGGACUUGGGGUGCCACAGCCCGACCAUUCUCCUCCCCCCCCCUGCACCCCCUCCUCCCCUGAUACCCUCACAAGAAUAACGAGCCGGGCACUAGAAUAAAUAAACUUUAUUCUGGAGCCAGCCCCCCCCGUCCCCCCUCCCCGUUCUCCCCGUGCCGGCAG